AUGGACCAACCGGGCCUGUUUCACCGGACUGCGAUCGCCCUAGAGGAUACUCGCCAGACCGACGUCCAUAUUCGCCAGAACACGAUCGUCGCGCUUACUCGCCGGAACGACCGGAUAGAGACCGUGGUCCUCGUUACCAAAUUCAGCCACUAUCACAGCGGCCGCGAGCAGCUACAACCGCUGCGCGACCGCGGCCCAGAUAUGGAUCUGCACCCGCGGGCUGCCAGCCGCGAGGGCACACCUCUAGACAGCUGGAGCAUGGAACGUGGAGGCAAGCUACCGCUCAUGCCCUCCGUGCCAUCGCAUGGUCACGGCAGUUCCCGGGGCGGCGGGCAUCGCGGCGGAAGCAACAGCUCCGGUUCUCUUCGAGGCGCGGGCGCAGAGUACCAAGAGAACGGCCCAUCCAACGGCGGCGGCCCAUCUGGCGGCUGGGAGCCCAAAAGUGGCCACCUGAGCGCUGGGAUAGGUUCUGGGCCGGGGUUAGGACAGAGCGGGGGCCAUAGGGAAGGGCCCCCGCCGCCGCGGGAGGGAGGCCGCGAGGUUACAGGGCGGGAUACUGCACGGGAUGCUGGGGCCCGAGACCCACGGGACGCUGGUAAGAUUGGUUACCGCUCCGCCUCUCUUCCCAGCGGUGUGCAGCAGCAGUCCACGCGCGAUGGCCAGGGUCGGUUGGAAGGGGGUUUGGCCCGGGACGGCUCCUUUUCAGGCCGUGACCGGGAUCGAGACCGCGAACGGGACCGGGAUCGAGACCGCGAGCGAGAUCGGGAACGGGAUAAAGGAACGACGGCGACGGUGAGCUUCUCGCACGCAGCCCGCUCAUCCAGCCAGGGUGUGCCAGCACCAUCGCCUGGGCAGUCCCCGCGGCGCACGGGUAGCGACAUGGCCACUGGCCAAGGGGCAGGCGCGGGUGGUAGCGGCGAGGUGCAACAAGCCCCGCCCGUGGUUCCGGAUCGUGGGCGUGAGGGCAUCAUCUCCGUAGUGGAGCUUCCACAGCAACAACAUCAGCAGGCUCAGCAACAGUUGCGUUGGGGUUCUGGAACCAGCUCAGCUAUUCAACAUCAGCAACAGCCAUCAUCGUCCCCGCAGCAGCAGCAGCAGCAAACAGGGCUUGGCCGCUGUGUCAGUUCCGGCACGGCAGCACCCAGCGCAUCUGCAGGUGGUGCGUCGGAGGCUAUGGCCGCGGCAGGCGUGGUCGGUGGUGCUGCGGCGGGUCCAUCACCUGGAGCGACCAUGGAGGUCGAGCGACGGGCCAGUAACACGUCAAUGGAGUUGGAUCGAAGGUACAGCUCUGGAACGGCUCCGGGGUCAGGGCGGUUGGAUCGGAAACCCAGCGGCAGCUCAAGCCAGGGACAGGCACCUGGUCUUGAUGCAGUAACGCAGCUUGCGAGAGUCUCGACGGCCGGGACGGCCCCCUUUCCUCUCGAUCGACCCACAGCUGCAGCCGUCACCCCGUCACCAGCAGCAAGAGCACCAGCAUCAGCACCGGCUGCGGCAUCUACACAACCGCCGACGUCGCCUGUCGACGUGAAGGGCGCUGAGUCAGCGGAUCGGCGGCCAAAUCGCUCGUCCAAGCCGGCGCAUGCAGGAGCAUCAUGUGCUAGUGCAGCGGCCGCGGCGCCAUCAUUAGCUGUGGCGGCCGUACCUCCCUCGGCCAGUCCGUCCGCGGUAGUGAUGGCGCCCCCUUCGGCAGUGGCAGUGGCACCGUCGGAAAGCCGACCUAGCAGCACGGCAGGAGCAGGCAGCGACGGCGGGGCGGGGGCAGCGCCCGGCAUCCCAGCGGUCGCAAGUGUUAACAGCUUGAGCACUGCUGAUACCCAAGCUGGGGCUCCUGUUGCUACCGGCAGAGCUGCGAGCGUAUCGGCUCCUGAGGCGGAACCGGGGGAGCUCCCCGGCGAUGGCCAGACCCAGGCUGCGCGGGCGCCUUCCCUCCAGCCUAUGGGGCCUACGGCCUCUCCAAGCGCCCAAGCACCCUCUGCCGCGCCUUCCCAGCCGCUGGCUACGGUCUGUGGGCCUCGGGUACCGGCCUCCAUAGCUACACAACCUCAAGCCGUCCAAGUGCCUUCCCCUCCUUCGGCUGCGGCAGCACAACCUCCUCUACACCCUACGCAGCAGGAACCCGUGCAGCAACAGCGGCCGGCGGAAGAGUCUGUGCCAUCUACGACCCCUGUGUCUGGCGUCAUUGCCGGUGCAGCAGGCGCUGUGGAUGCGGUGACUGGCCCAUCCAGUUCCGCCAGUGAGGCGCCGUUUGCGCGGCUCAGCUGUAGCGGCGGGCAGACCUCUGAGCAUCCCCCUGCUGCAACCCUCAGCACCAUGCCGGGUCCAAGGGGUCUGGGGGGCUCCACAGCCCAGCCAGCCCCGCAUGGCAGCGGUGCGGCCGCCGGGGCUGGUGAGGACGCGCUGUUGCCUGAAAAACGAAGCAGCUUGAGUAUACGCCGGUUUGGUUUUGGUCGCGCGCGGCGAUCGAUGCCGGCGAAGUCAGCGGGCGAGGGCGGUGCUCCAGAGGACGGCGAAGUUCCUGGAGGCGCUGUGUCGCUGGAACGUGCACCCUCCGGCGCAGGACGACCGCAGCCACCGGGCGAGGUGGUAGAUCCGGAGGUUCCUGGGACUAUUCUCGCUGCAGGGACUGCCGGCGGCAAGGAGUCGUAUGCAGCUUUGCCGCCGUCGCUGGUCGUGCCCGAGCCCGCAGGAGCGCCGCCUACGGCCGCAGCCGGCGUAGCUGCCGCGGUUUCCACGCCUAUGUCGGUGCCGGGCAUGACGACUGGUGGUUUCCUGCCGACGCCGAUUCCCGCGGCGCUGACGCCGGGUGGGGCGUGCAUGCCCCACGUUGGUGGCUUCACGCCGCAUUACGGCACUGCUACGUCGUACUCACAGCUCACAUCACCUGUGGCAGGUCCUAUGGCAACGCCCAGUGCCGCAGCGGCGACAACGCCGGCGGCCACUGCGGCCGCGACGAUGUCAAUUGGUGUGGCGCUUGCAACUAGGAGCUCGUCCUCAGCGCCGAGCGGUAGCGGAGCCGGUGCAGCGGCCACUGGUAACUGCGCCCCAAUGGAAGUUGAUAGCCAUAAUGCCGCCGCCUCGCAGGAUGUUGUACAUAAAAUGCAGCAGCAGCAACAACCGCAGCAGUCGAGUGCUGACGCCGCGGGCAGUAGCAGGAACCCGGCUGAAACACUUGCCGGCCUGUCGCUGCGCAUUGAGCACUUGGAAACGGAAAUUACGGAUUUGGAACGACAGCUGGCAGCGCUGGCUUCGGAGUCGCGUCAGGCGCAGAUUGACGCGGCGGAACUUGCUGCUGAGGUGGGCGCCCUUGAGGAGCAGUUGCUCGAGGACUCUUCAUCAGAUGGCGGCGAUAGCGAUGAAAACAUCAGCGGUGCGCCAGGGGAGUCGAAGUCCAGUCAGCCUGUGGCGGAAGGGGACGCGGACGCUAAUGGCGUUGAUCGUAGCGGCGGCAGUGCAUCCAGCGCCAACGGUGAAUGUGGCAGGGAAGGCCUCGCGACAGCGGCGCCGGUGAUGACGGCGCAGACGCCGGUGCAGGAGGUCCCUGGGAGCCACCACCAGGCCGCAACCACCACAGCUGACGGGAAUUCCGCGGGAAUUCAGCCCGCGCAGGGCGACGGCGACGGCGCGACCCAGAUGGAUACUGAGGCGGAAGGUUUGACGGAGGCGGCUGAAGACGAUGGCGAUGAUGCCGCCAUGUCGACGAAGUCGCAGGACGCGGACGAGGCCGCGGCGGCGGCAUCAUCCAUCAAGCCUCGAGGGAGGCCGCGCUCCACGGCUAAGAUGCGCGCUGCUGAGGCAGCGGCCGCUGCUGCCGCAGCGGCUGACAGCCGCCGCAAGGCCCUCGAGCUGCAGUCGCGGAAUCCCGCCGAUGGUUUAUUGCACCUGCCAGCGCAGCAUUUCAAACCUCGUUACAUGGAUGCCACGCGUCGGGGGGUGUCGGCGGCUCAGGAGGAGGUGCUUCGGUUGUUGCCGGACAGCUUGGCAGCGCGCGUGCGGUCUGUCGUCGAGGCUGCUACGGCGCAGCAGGCGCGUCUGGCCAGCACGGCGCCAGCUCCGGGCCACGGCCGCUGGGCAGUUCUUGUGCCGUUGGUGCCCGUACAAGUGGAGCCUUUGUACCAGGAGCCUCAGGACAUACCUGCAUUUCACGCCAAUAACCAGCGCCACGCUGCUAUACGUGAUGCCGUGGGCCGGUACCUCCGCCAACGCCGGCAGCUCGUGGCUGCAAAACAUUCCGUCUUGGUGGAGCAGUACGCGAGGAACAUGGCCACAUACAAGCAGUACAUACAAACGGAGGGUCGUCGUCCUCCUGCGCCGCCUCCACCCCUGUCCACAACGGGCCGGGGGGCAUCCGGUGCGCCUUCGUACGGCAUGUACGGCGCGUCGCGAGCAGUCAGCUCAUACAACCCGUAUUCGUACAGUCACUCGGAUGUGAUCCGCUCAGACCUGGACGAGCACCGCCUGCUGAACAACUUCUUGGCGGUAGAGCAGCUGAAGCGCAUGUGCGCGUUGCCGGAUAUGGUGCUGGAUCCUUGGGAACGGCGAUGGCGAGCGUACGACAACCGCAACGGCCUUGUCCAAGACCCUGUACGGGAGCUGGAGGAAGAGCGGAUGAUCAAGUCUUGGGCGGAGGAGGAGCGCACGCUCUUCAUGGAUAAGUUCCUGCAGCACCCGAAGGACUUCCGCAAGAUCUCCACCUACCUGCCAGGGCGCUCGCCGGGGGAUUGUGUCGCGUUCUUCUACAAGAACCAGAAGCUCGACGACUUCAGCACGGUGCGCCGCAAGCAGCAGCUCAAGAAGCGACGUCUGCAGGCCGACAUGCGGAAGCAGCAGUACGCGCCGUUGCUCAUGGCGCCCAUGAUUGCGCGGCAGCGGGCCAGCAUGGGUGCAGGUGCUGGCGACGUGGGGGUGCGCGGCGUGCGUGGACGCGCGAGCACGCGGGGCGGGCCCCCGGGCCGCGGCCGCAGCAGCAACACGCUGGAUACAGACCACAGCAUGGGCAUGGGGCCAUUGAGCUACGGUGGUAACCCUGGCCCAGCCGCACUGGCCAUGUCGCUGGGCGGGCCUCGGGGUGUGCCCAGCAGCGGCGGCAUGCCAGGAUUACAGUCCAUGAUCGCAGCCGCGCAGCGUGCCGCAGCUCCCAGCAUGUCGUUGGAUCCCCGGGACAUCAUUACGUCACCGCGUCUGCCGCCGAUUAGCUCCAAUGCUACUGCAGCGUACGGCGCUGGCGUCAGCGGUGGCUCGGGCUGGACUGAUGAGGACUUUGUGGAAUGCUACCGCCAGCACGGCAAAUGUUGGGAGGCUUACUGCCGAGUGCUCGGGAUGCGCACUGAAUCCGCCGCGAAGCAGUAUUACUAUCGCCAUAAGGAGCGUCUAGGGCUGGAUCGCGUGUCGGCAACCGGCGGGCCCAGUGGUGGCGGUGGCAGCGGCGGCGCCGACGCCACCGGUGUUGGAGCCAGUAACGCCGCCGCCACUGGUGGCAUGGCAGCCGUUCCCACCGCCAGCGCUGGAGGCCCAAGCCAUAAGGCGUUCUUGGCUGCUCGCCUUGCCAACGAGGAGUCGGCGGCGCCUGGGCUGCUCGCCGCUGCAACCGCUGCUGCUGCCAUGGCCAAUGCCGCGGCGGCUGCAGCCGCUGCUGCGGCGAAUGCAGGACCGGGUUCCUCAGCGGCGGCGAUGGAGGAGCUUGCGCCUCCAAGCAGGGCUGUGGCAGAGGCGUCUCCUUUGCGGACAGAGGAUGCUGCUGUCGCGGGCCUGGGUCUAUUGGCUGCCGUCAGUGGCCGCGAGUCAGAGUCGCAGUACCCCUCACCGUCGCCGCCUCCGCAGCCGCCUCCGCAGGCUCAGGCCCCUGUCGAUGUUCCUUCGCUUCAGACGCAGGUUCAGACGCAGGUGCCGGUGCAGGUUCUCGAACAAGCUCGUGCACAGGCCCAAGCUGAGGCACAGGCCGCGGCGCAGGCGUUGACUCAAGUCCAAGUCCAGCAGGUGUUGGAACAGGUCCGGGUGCAGGCUGUCGCAGGGGGGGAGGUGCAAGCUGCGCCGCCGUCGGUGCAGCAGCCUGAGCAGCAGACCCAGCCACCGCAGGCACCAGUGAUGCUGAUCCCCCGGCAUCCCGGCGGCCGCCGUCGCGGACCGCCGCGAGUGCCUGCAAACCCGGCGUCCCUUUCAAACGGACCCCAUGCGAGCGCGUCGUCCCUGGAGUCCAAUGAAAUGCUUCGGCACGACGGGCGAUACAAGCAGGAUCUGGAUCCAGAUACACGGUCAGAUUCGGAAUACGACCCAUCAGGGGCCGGUGGGGCUGGAGGUGUUGAUGCAUUGCAGCCUCAGCUUGAUUUGUUGGCUGCGCUGCGCAACCCCGUGGGCAAUCCGUUGAGCCAGCUGCUUGUUGGCGGACUGCUACAGCCUGGAGGCGGUGCCGCUACCGCUCCCGGCGGCAGUGGCGGCAGCAGCACUGCUGCUGCCGGUGGUGGUGGGGUGAAGGGCGGGAAGGGCGCCGCUGCUGGGUCAAACGCCACUGUCGGCAGCGGAGCCUCCGGAGGAUUGUUGGGUCAACUCCUUCUCCAACAGCGAGAGCAGCAGCAACGCGAGCAGCAGCAGCAGCAGCAGCGGGAGGUCCGAGACCCGCAGCCUGCCCAGGGCCCGGGGGCCUUGGGCACCCUGACGGCGGCAGGGCUGAACCUCGGCAUGCUGGGCAGCCUUGCUGGGGUGCUUCAAGGUGGCAUGGGCAAUGGCGGCGGCAGCAGCGGCGCUGCUGCAGCGAUGGGUUUGCUUGCAGGUCAGUCGGCUGCCUCCCAGGCGGAUGACCUCUCAGGCGGCCAGUUUCCCUCCCCCGGGGAGGACGGUCCCGGGGGGGCGGGGUCAGGCGGCGGUGCCGGCACGGCGCCCAGCAGCAGCCGCCGCAGCGUCAAUUACUGGAGCGACGACGAACGAAAAACGUUUCUCCAGGUCUUCCAGAUGCACGGCCGCGACUGGCUUCGUCUUGCGGACGCCAUUCCCACCAAGAGUACGAAUCAAAUCAAGACCUUUUACCACAACUACAAGACAAAGCUGGGCCUGGAUAAGAUGGAGCUGCCGCCCAGUGCCACCCAGCCCGCUGCCCGCCGCGGCCAGGGUGCACGCGCGAUCCGCGACACGGCAGCGGCCGCCAACGCGGCCACAGUGGCCGCUGUCACCGGAGGGGGCAACCGCGGGUUUGAUGAUCCGUACGGGGAUGAGGACCACCCACGGCCAGCAAAACGCCAGGCAACGGGUGCGGGUGUGGGCACUUCCCAAAGCUCCGGCUUGGAGCUGGGUACCCUCGCUGGCGACGUGUCAUCUCCUCGGGGUGACGGCAGCGGUGGCGGCACUUCGCCAGUGCUGCCGCCUGUUAUGGACCUUCAGGCGCUGGCGCACGUGUACGGUGGUGGUGGUGGUGGUGGCAGCGGUGGCGCGCAGGCGUCGUCGCAACACCUGUUUCGCCGCGACCAUCGGGAUCACGAUUUGGCCGGGUUGACAGGGACGGGGCCCGCCGGUGCUGCUGCGAUUAACGCACCUGCGAGCGCGUCGGCUUUGAUUCAGCUGCUCAGCAGUCUGUCAGAGCUCCAGGGGGCCCCUGCAUCCGGCGGCGCCUCGGGAGUUCAGGCACUGGGCGGCCGUGAAAGCGACGAGGGUCUCGGCUUGGGCCGGGGUGCGCUUGGCGCCCUUGGCGGACCCAUGCAGCUGCAUGGGAUAAAUCUCCCCACCGGCGGCGGCGGGGGCGGCGCCAGUAGCGCUUCGAACCUGUUUUCCACCGCUGGACAGGUGUCUCCACAGCAGCAGCAGCAAUCGCAGCAACAAGCACCGGUCAAGCUUCAAACGCUCAAUCUGGAAAGCCUCUUUGUGCCUGUUGACCGUGAACGGGAUCGAGACCGCGACCGGGAUCGGGAUCGAGAGCAGCGCGAUCGCGGUGUCGGGGGCGGCAGCUGCGGGCCGGGGGGAGGUAUGCUGCAGGACGUCGGCCUGUCGGCCUUUGCGCAACAGCUGCAACUGCAAGCACUCCUAGAGCGGUCCGAGCGGGGGAACCAGCUCCGUGAGCAUGAGCAACCGCCACCGCCGGCACACGCAGCACCCCCAUCGCAGCCUCAGCAUCGAGGGAUAUCCCAGCAGGAAGCACCCCUCAGCCCCGAAGGCCUUACCGCGACCGUUGCAGAGCUGCUUGCCAGCAUUGUGCAGCAGAAUCAACAGAGCCAGCAGUCCCAAUACGCCGUUGGCGGUGGGGGAGGAGGUGGAGGUCCAGCAGCCGCGCAGCCGACGUCGCAGGCGCUUGACCUUGCUGCGCCCUCGCAUGCCUUGACGCUGGCGCUGGACGUGCCUACUUCCGGAAGUUCGGCUACCCCUUCAGGGCUUCUAACCGCUCUAGUCGAGGCUACAACCGGCGGUACUGCCGGUCUCGGUACUGCCGGUCUCGGUGGAGUCGGAGGUGCCGGUGGCACGGGUGAUAUGGCGGCGGCUCUGGCGGCCGCAGCUGCCGCAGCUGUCGCUGGGGGCGGGGGCGGGGCCCGCGCGGCCAGAGCCAGCGGUGAGGCUGGCCCUGGCGGCGGUGGGGGCGCCCCGCUCAGCCUACACAUGCUGCUCCCUAGGGAGUUAUGGGCGGACCGACAAGGCGACGUUAAGACGCAGUCGGAUGUUGGGUUCAAUGACAAUGCUGGCGAGCCUGCGCCAAAGCGGCAGAAGCGGGUUAGUAAGGAUGUACAGCAGCAGCAGCAGUUGUCGCCGCAAGGAUUAGACCUGGGACUGCCUUCCGGUUUGGCGGUGGGCGGUCGAACAGGCGGCGACAGCGGCUGUGCUGGCAGGCUCCUGCUCGGGGAAGAACAAGUAACACAGCUCUUGCAUCUGCAGCAACAACAGGCAGCAAAAGUGAAACCUGUCGGAACGGCAGGGCUACGUUCCGUCGGGUAUCAGCAAGUGCGCGAGUCGCGUGGCCGGGAACAGCAGCAAAGAAGCGCACCGCAGGCGGCAAACCCGGUCCUGAACCUUGGGUCUCUAGCCGGCGGGCUGCAAGUGCUACCAGGCGCCGGUGGCGGGAAUGCGGGGGGCGGCGGCGGUGGCGGCGGCGGCGGUUGCAGCGGCGGAAGUGGCAGUGUCUUGGGGCCAAACUUGUUGCGGCUCAUGCCCUUGCAAUCUGCGCCUGCAAGUACGCAGCAACAACAGCAGCAGCAGCAGCAAGAGGCGGGAAACGGUGGGGGAAAUGGGGGUGUUCCUCGCAUUCCGCUGGGCGCGUCGUUGCCGUCCCAGGUGAUGGUCGGCACGCAGGGACAGGCCGUCACCAUUGCGGACCUUAUAUCCUCCCUGGGAGGAGGUCGCGGCUUGGUUGCACAGGGGCAGGGCGGCGGCAUGUUUGGGCUUGCGGGAGGGAGCUUCGCAAGCCUGGAACGGUUGCUUGCGUCUAGUCAGGAGGCGGGGCUUGGGGGUUCCUCCGCGGGCGCACAGUACAUUAGCUUGCAUCCGAGCACGGCGGCCGCGGGAACAGGCACCUGGCUGGGGUCUACAUUUGGGGAUCAGCUGGCAAGCCUGGGACCACGGGCAACGCUGAACCUGAGUUUGCUGCUCCAGCAACAGCAGCAACAACAGCCGGGCGAUAAGUAG